AUGAUGAAUUCCGCUACAGUCCUACUCUUCCUUUCUGCUUUCGCAGCAGCAAGACCCUUUGAAGUCUCGGCUUCCUUCUCGACAAGAAAUGCGGUUACCUCGAAAGUAGCCAGCCCUACUACAGUAGGUGUGCCUAAUCAUGGACAUCUUUCUGUUACCCCGAGUCCGUCUGAUAUCAAGAAUUCAUUCGACGCAGUUGAAGGCCCCGCCGUUACUAUCACCGUCACAACGACGAUGCAUCACCCAUGCGCUUGCCCUUCUCGAAUUGCAAGCAAGUUGUCCAGUGCGCCAGUAUCUAAGCCGACACCGACUCGGACUGGUAAGAUGGCCAGAGAAGCUUUACCAGUGAUUCCAACUCAGCCGAUAGUUUCUGGACCACCACUUACUCGGACUGUCAUCACAUCCAGACAAUCAUCAAUGAGUCCGUCGAGUCCGUCUGGGCCACCACUAACUUGCACGGUAAUCACAUCCAGACAGUCAUCAGCGAGCCCUACGAGCAACUCUGGACCACCACUCACCCGGACUGUCAUCACAUCCAAACAAUCAUCAACGAGUCCCUCUGGCCCACCACUUACCCGCACGGUAAUCACAUCCAGACUGCUCCCAACCAUGGAAGCAGCACCCGCUGUGAAGGCAGUAAGCUAUCAUACCACAGCCCUCACCAACGCUGACACACCAACCCAAACCACCACGUCACUUCAACCUGCAGCCACCGAGGCUUCAGAAAAGGCAAAGAAACGCGAGAAGCGCAACCAGAUCCUAUGGACCGUACUCCCAAUCGUUCUUGUUAUUCCGGUUGCUUGGUUUCUCUGGGCCGUUGCUAUUCCACUUCUCGUUCUCUUUUGGGUUUGGGUUGAGCGGAGGUGGGUGGCUUUGAAGGCUAAGAUGCGGGGUGGAAGUCAGGAGACGAGACAGGAUGUUGAGGCUGCGAGGGGGACAUCGAGGGCUUAG